GCGGGAGGCCGAUCGCUUGGGUGCACCUUCGCCGCUGCCCGGCUGCGCUGUGGCUUUGACCACGGAGCAGGAUCUGCGUGCAGCUUUUUCCCUCUUGGACCACGAUCGCUUGGGCGAACUGGGUGCACUUCAGGCACGCGACUUUCUAAUCUGCGCCGGCUGGUGCCUGCCGGAGGACGUUCUUGAUGAUGCCUUGGCAGCCGUGCUCUCAAAGAGUUCGCUGCCAGCGGACGCGCGCUUCACCUUUGACCAGCUGCUCACGGCCCUGAGGAUCCUAAAGAAGGACAAGGACAACAUCGGCGCUGCAGCGCUGGCGGAAGCUUUGCUUGGGGUCUCCACCGAGGAUGGGCUUGACAUGGGCCGCCUCCAGGAGGUCGUUUGCGAGGGGAAGCAUCCUGCGCUCUCCCUGCAAGAGCUGGGCGACGUGUUGGAAGCCGUGGGAAUCUACGAUGAGGAGCAGUCGCCUGAGGAGUUGGCCGCGAGGAUUCUCCAAGAGGUUUGCCAGCCUCCCUCGGCCAUGCGGACACCCAGCCGAAAAAGGAAGCACACCGAUGCAGCAUGCCAAGCCCAUUCCACAGCUUGUCCCCCGUUCCGCUCCGCUGACUACCAGCGAAGCUUGUUUGAAGCUAUGGGCUGCGCGGCGUCCACGGCAGAGAUUCCGAUCGACUUGCAGGCAAAUCCGGACAUCGAGAAGCUCACGGUCUUCGACUCCAAAUUCGUUGUCCCGGAGGGCAAGAACAUGAUGUUGCGCCUGAAGGCAAAGAUCUUCUCUUUCAGUGGAGACAGCUACAAGAUUGUCGAUGCCAACGAUUCGAGCAAAGUGGUGUUUCAAUGUCUCGGGAAGUUUAUGAACUUCGACGAGAAACGAGUCAUUUGUGAUGGCGAGAGGUGUCCUCUGUUCGUAAUCCAGGAACCGCUCAUGCAGGUGGAUGACAAGCAGUACGUGUAUGCUACGGACUCUGAUGGAAAACCUGCGCAGGAACUCUUCCGAAUCGGUUCUAACUUCGGAAACACUUCGCAGUACACCGAGAAUUUAAAGAAUGCGAAAGGCGAUGCAAUUCAACUCAGGGGCAAGAUGACGCUCGUGAGCAUGAAGGGUGGAAUCUGGCUUGGCGACGUCAAGACAGGACAGCCCAUUGCCAAAGUCUGCAGCCCCGUCACGUACAAGGACUUCCUGCCCGAUGAUUUCGACCGGAAUGAAUACAUUGUGGAGAUUCCGCCAGGUGUCGACAGCGCUCUCAUCCUUGCCAUGGUCCUGGCCUACGAGCAGAUGGAGCAAAGCUAUGACUCCUGA